AUUCUUCCAAGAAGAUAAAGGAUGUCUUGGCUGAGUUUAAUGAGGGUGGGAGCCUCAAACAAUAUGACCCACAUGAGCCAAUUAGCUACGAUGUCUUCAAGCUGUUCAUGAGGGCGUACCUGGAGGUGGACCUUCCUCAGCCACUGAGCACACACCUCUUCCUGGCCUUCAGCCAGAAGCCCAGGCGGGAGACCCCUGACCACCCAAUGGACAGGGCCAGCAAUGAGGCCGGUGGCCCAGACACCAACAUACAGAAUGUGGAUAAUGCUGCCAAAGCAGAUGAGGCCUGUGCCCCUGAUACAGAAUCAAAGAUCACUGAGAAGCAAGUGCCAGCUAAAGAACAGGUUGCUGCAGCCCCCCUGGGAAACGCUGUUGCUCCAACUCCAGGCUCAGAAUCUCCCAUAGUGUACCUGAAGGAUGUCGUGUGUUACCUGUCCCUGCUGGAGAUGGGGAGACCUCAGGAUAAGCUGGAAUGUUACUUCUAUUUCUUCACCCACCCCCACCCCAAGUUUUUUGGCCUCUAG